AUGGAAGCCUCCAUGGAAGCUUUCCAGAAAUGGUUGGAUGAAAAAUUAUUGAGUUUAGACCCUAACACAGACACUGAGGUGUUUGGAACGUACAUUAUUGGUAUUUUGGAGAGCGAGUCUGAUGAAGAAGAGCAGAAAGAGUCCAUGGCCGUCUUUUUUUCUAGUCUAAUAGAAUCAGGCUGUGAAGAGGCUAGUAUAGAAAUUUACGAUAAAUGGAAAGAGUUUGAAAAACAGAAAGCAGAAGAAGAGAGUAAAAAACAUCCCAAGCCUGAUAUUACAGAUAAACUUGGUGAAAUCUUUGAGAAGCAGAAGUUAGAAGUUUCUAAAGUCAAAUCAAAAUCGAAAGAUGAGAAGGCUCGAAAGGAAGCCAUUUUAAAUCAAUAUUGUAUGAGAUUUUUAGUUUUAUCAGCAUUUAAAAACACAAACUCUGAAGAUGUAGCAGCUAAAGAAAGGGCUAAAAGAGAUGCAGCCAAAGCGGAAUCGGACAGAAAACGUGAAAAAGAUAAACUAGAUCGCGAGACCCAGAAAAAUAAACAGGCAGAUAGAAAGGAGGCUGAGAAAAAACGUACACAAAAGGGAGAAAGACGGCGGUAA